AUCCGUUCGGAGCCUACGCAGAAUUAGCCUGAAUUGCACGCUAUAAAGACAGAGGCUAUAUAGCAGAAAAUUUCAGUGAUAUUCUGCAAGAGCGGAGCUGCGAAAAUCCUCCUGCGCUCAGAGGCACAGUUCGGCUCCCAGGGACCUCAAGCCCACAUUUUUGUGGUGUUCUCUGGAUAUUUAUGCUUGUGGCAUGGCUAUUUCUCCUCCACCCCACCCCAUGCCUCUGUUUCCCCUUUCCCCUCAACUUUCCCUAGUGAUCGAGUACAUUCGAACCGUGCCACAGAGCAAAAGAAUUGGGUUCAACGUGAAUGAAAAUUGACACCGAAGGUGACACCCUACGGUUGGAAACUGGCAUGAUAAAAGUGGAGGCAAAGGUUUGGAUGACAGUUCUCAAUCACCGGCUUAAACUAACCCUUUGUCCAAGGGGCCUGGCCCCACUAACCCAGCAAGACAACUUUCAGUCCUCAUGGAAACAGGCAGUCUACAACAAAGUGGCACAGCUGAGCUUCUCUCCAUCCCUCCUGCUUGCAAUGGGCUGGGACAAGGCGAAAACGGCCAUUAAACAAAGGAUUCUGGAUACAGAACGCCAGGCAGAUUUAAGUAAGGUGACGGGCUUUCUGGCCCCAGACACCUGUAGGUUUAUUGUCUCCUGCUCUGCAUAUCUGGCACAACUGGAAAUACCAAGCCACAGAAGGGCUUUCACCCUUGCCCGGUGUCAUGCCCUUUCCUCCGCCAUCCUGGAAGGCAAAUACAAGAAAAUACCCUUCAUGGAAAGGCUCUGUCCUUGUGACUCUGGGGAGGUGGAAACCAUAGACCAUGUGCUCCUUUCGUGUCCCUUCUAUAAAGACAGUCGGGACAGGCUCAUUUCUCCCCUGCUUCUUAAAUACCCUGGUCACUCCAGUCAAGUCUAUGCCAAGAUGUUGCUCUCCGAUGACAAUCGGUCCUUCACGUACAAUGUUGCCAGGUUCUGUGGGGAAGCGUGCAAGAUCCGCAGGGUCUUGAUUGCCAGUUAAUAACCCUGGCAACAGAUGUGUGACUAUUGAGCAUUUCACCUGCUUGAUUGUAUAAUUUUAAUCUGCCUUUUACUUCACAGCUUUUAUAUUGCUUUUAUGUAGUUUUUAUAUGUUAUUUUAUCAAUUUAAUAUUUUUAGUUGCCCUACUUUUAAGGAUAGCUGUAUAUUUACUCUAUUAAUCUUCCCACAGUUUUAGGCUUAGCCGGUAGUAUUUUACUUUACUAAUUACCGACAGGUUUUAUAGUUGUAUUUUACUAUUUUAAUCAUAUUUAGUUUCUAGAGUUAUAUUUUAUUUAGCAUGAGUUUUAUUAUAUUGUAUCUGUACUUUAUCCUAUGCUGGUCUUUGACCGUAAUAAAGAUGAUUGACUGAU